GACUGACUGACUGAACGAUCACAGGCUCCGGUGCCGGCGGAGGAGGGAAACAACAUAAUGGACAGUCAAGGCAAGAAGGUCGUGGUGUGCGACAACGGCACCGGGUUUGUGAAAUGUGGAUAUGCCGGCUCAAACUUUCCAGAGCACAUCUUCCCGGCUUUGGUUGGGCGACCUGUGAUCCGAUCUACUGCCAAAGUGGGAAACAUUGAGAUUAAGGAUCUGAUGGUCGGUGAUGAAGCCAGCGAGUUACGUUCUAUGCUGGAAGUAAACUACCCUAUGGAGAAUGGGAUAGUGCGGAAUUGGGAUGAUAUGAAGCACCUUUGGGACUACACCUUUGGACCAGAAAAACUGAACAUAGACACCAGAGACUGUAAAAUCCUGCUCACAGAGCCCCCCAUGAAUCCAACGAAAAACCGGGAAAAGAUUGUAGAGGUAAUGUUUGAGACCUACCAGUUCUCCGGCGUUUAUGUUGCAAUACAGGCUGUUCUCACAUUAUAUGCACAAGGUCUGUUGACUGGUGUUGUGGUUGAUUCUGGAGAUGGUGUCACUCACAUCUGUCCUGUGUACGAAGGCUUUUCUUUGCCGCACCUCACCAGGAGACUAGAUAUAGCCGGCAGGGAUAUCACCCGAUACCUUAUAAAGUUGCUGUUGCUGCGAGGCUAUGCUUUUAAUCACUCUGCUGAUUUUGAGACUGUCCGUAUGAUCAAGGAGAAGCUUUGCUACGUGGGAUACAACAUCGAACAGGAGCAGAAACUUGCACUGGAGACAACAGUCCUUGUAGAGUCUUACACACUUCCAGAUGGCAGGGUUAUUAAAGUUGGGGGAGAGCGCUUUGAGGCACCAGAAGCUUUGUUCCAGCCUCACCUUAUCAACGUAGAAGGAGUCGGUGUUGCGGAGUUGUUGUUCAACACCAUCCAGGCAGCCGACAUUGAUACUCGGGCAGAGUUCUAUAAACACAUCGUGCUGUCGGGGGGCUCCACAAUGUAUCCAGGGUUGCCCUCCCGCUUAGAGCGAGAACUGAAACAGCUUUAUUUGGAGCGAGUCCUCAAAGGAGAUGUUGAAAAAUUAUCGAAAUUUAAGAUCCGUAUUGAAGAUCCUCCCCGUCGCAAGCACAUGGUGUUUUUGGGUGGAGCAGUAUUAGCCGACAUCAUGAAAGACAAAGACAACUUCUGGAUGACCCGCCAAGAGUACCAAGAGAAAGGCACGCGUGUGCUGGAGAAGCUUGGCGUGACUGUACGAUAAACACAACUGCCAUUGCCCGUCGCUUCUCUAAAGCUUUCCUUAUUUCCUUUAUUGCCAAUCUUUCAACUCAUUCACUUCCAUGACUUUCUUGGAAAGGCCUGUCUGUCCUUUUGACCUAAAGAUGGAAGUUUUUUGUGCUGGUUUCCUGAGGAGAGUUUUGUUUGUUUGUUAAUGUAACUCCGUUUGACUGUAACACGUCUUUACAAACACCAAGCUCCAGCCCCAGAGCCGACCCCCUCCUCAUUGGCCAUUAGUCACAGUGGUCUUUUCCCUCUAGUGUCCUGCUCUAAAGCUGCUUUAUCUUCUACUCACCACUGGGUGGCUUGUCUUUGUUUCCAUAAGGGAAUCCUUAAAGGGAUACUGUCAUGGGACAGUUUUUCCAAAACACAUCAGUUAAUAGUGCUGCUCCAGCAGACUUCUGCACUGAAAUCCAUUUCUCAAAAGAGCAAACUGAUUUUUUUAUAUUUAAUUUUGAAAUCUGACAUGGGGCUAGACAUAUUGUCAGUUUCCUAGCUGCCCCCAGUCAUGUGACUUGUGCUCUGAUAAACUUCAGUUGUACUGCAAAUUUGAGUGAUUUCACCCCUCCCUUUCCCAGCAGCCUAACAACAGAACGGGAAGGUAACCAGAUAGCAGCUCCCUAACACAAGAUAACAGCUGCCUGGUAGAUCUAAGAACAACACUCAAUAGUAAAAUCCAGGUCCCACUGAGACACAGUUACAUUGAGUAGGAGAAACAACAGCCUGCCAGAAAGCAGUUCCAUCCUAAAGUGCUGUGAAAGCACAUGACCAGGCAAAAUGAGCUGAGAUGCACCUACACACCAAUAUUACAACUAAAUACACUUGCUGCUUCAGGAAUGACAUUUUAUAUUGUACAGUGAAUUAUUUGCAGUGUAAACAGUCAUUUAGAGAUAAAAACUACACAAUAAAAAUCAUGACACAAUCCCUUUAAAAAGCAGCUUUAAUGCAAUAUCCAUGAGAUGCAUCCUCAUAAGUUUUUGCCCCCUUUCCCUCAUUAUUCUUGCAUUCUCAUACAAAAAAGAAAUUCAAGAUUUUUUUUUUUUUAAAAAAAACCUUUAUUGGUGUUUUUGUACAGCAAUUUACAAAUCCCGCUGCUGCUUUUCUGUCACUUGUUGUUAUUUCUGUUUUAAUUUUUUUCCCCCAAUUUUUAUUCGAUACACUUCCAGACAGUCGCAUCUGUUAGGGCGCAGCAUUAGUGUGAGAGGAGGUCCCUGUGUGAUUAUCAUUCAUAGGCAUUCGUUACAUAUAUUAACUCCGUUACUGCUGCUGAACUGUAACCCCCAACAACACAACUGACUGUGGGAUCUCUCAGGGUUUUGCUGGGACGUAGCUGAUCAGUAGUGAGAGUCUGAUGGAUGAACAUCCCUGAAUUCAAUGGUUUCUUUGCCAUGAGCCUCCUCCAGCCCUGCAAACGUGGAACACGGGAUUUAUUUCAUUCCCUUCCGCCCGUCCCCUUUCUUUUUUUUUCCCGAUUAACGAAGCACUUGAUCAGGUGACCCAUUCCACUAGGAAUAAGCUCCCAAUUACCGGAACGUGUUUGUGAUGAGUCUAGAGAAUUCCUAUGUAUGAAUUUCUUUUGUUUUAUUCUUUUCCUUUGUGCGCUGGUUCCUAUAGAAGAGCCGGGAAUAGAUUGAGCUGUAAGGCCGUGCCAAGAGGAAUGUUCCCAAGACAAAUAAAUGGCGUCUAAUGGUU